AUGUGCCACGGCCUCUGCAACGUAAUUGAGCACUUGAUCCGUAAUGGCCAACUCCACCAGUAUUGCACUCCUACAACGGGAGCUAAUGCCAUCGAGGUUCAUGGCCAGAUCCUAACCGUACAUGGUGGAGCCUCACGAUUCCCCCCUCGACAGCCUUCUGCCAAAAGGCAAUGUACGAACCAUUUGGAGAUUCUUGAAAUACAAAGAGGUGUCACCACCACCCCAUCAACAUGGGACCAAGUGUCAUUUUACAAGAGGAAAUAUACGAUCAAUUGCCAUCACAACAAACCCUUCAUAAUCAAUGUCCAGGUGGAUCACUACAGGUGUCACAGGGCCCUUGUGGACAUAGGAGCUGCGCCCUUAGUCUCAGACCGCUUGUCGGUUUCAGUAGGGACCAGUCCCUGCCGUGUUUCCAUCACGGCACGUUUUCUCAUAGUUGAUUGCCCCUCAUCCUACAACCUCAUCUUAGGUCGCGGCAUCCUCUGGGGACUACAAUGCUUCAUUGCAGGCCACAUGCUACUCAUGAAGGUGCCCACCCCGAGAGGUAUACACACAAUCCAAGAGGAUAGAACCGCCAUAGAACAUUGUCACCUUAAUGCCAUCCAGCAGGGGCGCGGUGCCUAUGAGAUGUUGCCACUCAGCCCCUCGGAAUCCAUUGAUGAUCCCAGGGAUGACCUUGAAGGGAAAGACAAGAAGAAGCAAGCCCCGAGACCUAACCCGGCAGAGGACACAGAGUGGGUAUCCCUGUCACCCAGUGCUCCCGAAAGGAAAGUCCGCAUUGCCACGAACCUUGACCGGGAACUACACCAAAAGCUCAUUACCUUCCUCCAGGAUAAACAAACAGUCUUUGUUUGGUCCUAUGCUGACAUGCCCGACAUUUUCCCUGAUGUCAUCACACACAAACUUAACAUCCUCAAAGACUAUCCCCCUGUCAAGCAAAAAAGACGUGCCUUUAACCUGGAGAAAUAUCGUGCUAUCCAAGCCAAGGUCCAGCGACUAAAAGAAAUUAAGUUCAUACGUGAGAUCUCAUACCCAACAUGGGUUUCUAAUGUGGUCAUGGUCCCCAAGCCUAAUGGCAAGUGGCGAAUGUGUGUUGAUUACACUAACCUUAACAAGGCAUGCCCCAUGGAUAGCUUCCCCUUGCCACGGAUUGACCAGUUGGUUGAUUCCACAGUCGGCUUCAAGAUGCUCAGCUUUCUAGAUGCCUACUCGGGAUAUAACCAAAUCAAAAUGCACCCCACAGAUCAAGAACACACCACUUUUGUCACGGACAAGGGACUGUACUGUUACGAGGUCAUGCCUUUUGGCCUUAAGAAUGCAGGAGCAACCUAUCAGAGGCUAGUCAAUGCCAUGUCUGAAGAGGAAAUUGGGGAAGUCAUGGAAGUCUACGUGGAUGACAUGCUGGUCAAAAGAAAGACAGAUGAAGACCGCAUUGCCAACCUAGACAAAGUCUUCACUAAGCUCUAA